CUGUCCGGCAGGUCCCAAAGUUGCACGUGGAUCCACGUGGAGAGUCUUGGCUCUGACAUUCGUCGACGAGGGGUUCUCCACGUCGAGAUUACUUCUUCAAACGACCAUGUUCCCACGGAGGGCAGACCUUCUCACGACGUUCUAACCUGCCUCAGCAGCUCAGCCGGCAUCGUGGGAAUCCUUCGACGAAGAAACGCUUAUUCUCUUUGGCCACGUUUUUUUUCCGAUGGCCGAGUCUGCCGAGAGGGAGCCGGACGUAAGAUAUGGAAACAAGGGGUCACUCGCCUCAAGUGUUCGGUACCGCGUUUGGAAUCGAUUGACCAGGGUCAAUCUUAUAUUUUGAGAUGA